GUUAGUUUGACCUUAUACAUUCGUAGGGACAACAUUUUUGAAAACCACAUAUAUUUUAUACUUUCUUUUUUACUCAUAUAUUUUUAAAAUGAAAUUCAGAGAUAAAAGAGCAAAUUAGUUCCCUCGUUGACAGUUCCUUGCCAGCCCAACAUCUCUUCAGCUUCGAGACGGGUCGGCGCUUCUUUGCGUCUACAUGAAUCGUCCCUGCUCGUUGCUCAUCGUCUUUUAAGAAUCGAAGACUUUGAAGUAGUUUACUUGAUAUACUCAUUCUUCAACCGAAGCUCUCAUCGAAUCAUACUAACUGAAACCUGAUGGCGGCGUAUAGAGCUGACGAUGACUACGAUUAUCUCUUCAAAGUCGUUCUCAUCGGAGACUCCGGUGUCGGAAAAUCUAAUCUGCUUUCCAGGUUCACUAGGAACGAGUUUAGUCUUGAAUCUAAAUCAACAAUCGGUGUUGAAUUCGCCACCAGGAGUAUUCGCGUUGAUGAAAAGAUCAUCAAGGCUCAGAUUUGGGAUACUGCUGGCCAAGAAAGGUAUCGUGCAAUCACGAGUGCUUACUACAGAGGAGCUGUUGGUGCUUUGAUUGUGUACGACACAACACGCCAUGUAACCUUUGAAAACGUUGAAAGAUGGUUGAAAGAGCUCAGAGAUCACAGCGACUCAAACAUUGUGAUAAUGUUAGUAGGAAACAAAGCAGACUUGCGUCACUUGCGUGCAGUUUCCACAGAAGAUGCAAAGACAUUUGCAGAAAAAGAAAACACGUAUUUUAUGGAGACAUCAGCUCUUGAGGCCAUGAAUGUGGAGGAUUCUUUCACUGAAGUUCUUACACAGAUAUAUCAUGUGGUAAGCCGAAAAGCACUUGAUAUUGGGAAUGAUCCUGGGGCUUUGCCUAAAGGGCAAACAAUUAAUGUUGGAUCAAAAGAUGAUGUUUCUGCUGUCAAGAAAGUUGGUUGCUGUUCUAGUUGAUGAAAAUGGGGGAGAAUGAGGAUCAAGAUUUUUGAAGUUUCUGGUGAUAUGUUUGAUAUCAGGUUAGUUUUUGAGCUUUUAACAAGAAAUUCAGUGACGAGGCUUCAAAAUUUUCUGGUUUUUUUGUAUUACUUGAUUUGUUAACUACUAUGGAUCGGAUCAUGUAUUAUAUAUUUGGAUACUUGUUCUUAAGAUUUAUAACAGUUUUCGUUUUUAACAUUCCAUUGAAGUAAUUUGGGAUGUUUGUUUUGAUGGUUUCUUGAGCAUCAAAAUCUUUGAUCUUAUAAAAUCGUCUUAAAAAAUGUGAUGUAUUGACGAUGUGGAGCGUCUAAAAAUGAAUCCUUCCAUAGUGUGAAAGGGUUAAUAGUUGGUUGUGUAAUGAACUCGCACAUUUUAACCAAAAAUAUGCA